ACUUGCAGAUGAUGACGAGGGCGCAGCGAAGACAGGUGUCAAGGAGACAACCAGGGAAGUCGCGGUGUACUCCCAUCCUACCAAUCCUAAGAUCAAAUUCUGGGAUUUACCUGGCAUAGGUAUGUGAGAGUUGUCGGUAUAAUACACUAAUAUAAUAAAGAUCAACAAGGAAUGGACCCACACUUUACCAGACCUUUAGUCAGUGGAAACAAAGUAACUUUAAUAUUUUGGUGGUUGUGAUCGUAUUGCUUAUCAUGGGGGGUAAUGAUGAUGGUGGUGACAGUGAUGAUGAUGCAUGGUAAUGGUAGUGAUGAUGAUAAUUACAGUAAUUAAGGUGAUGAUUAACUACUAAUUAACUGCUAAUAUCUACUACCAAUUAACUACUAAUAACUACUACCAAUUAACUAUUACCAUUUAACUACUGGAAGUUAAUAUAUGCUAUCAAACUAGGGCACAACAAAUCAUAACAUGCUUAUUUAAUUUCUAUGAGUACAAUGAAUAGCAAAUUGUAAUCGUAUUAUGAUAUACUGUAUAUAUUUGCAAACUUUUACAUCCUCAAUAUUGACUUUGAACUGGUUUACUUAAUUAAAAGAACAAAUUGUAAAUAUAUUUUCUAGGGGUCUACGCAAAAAAGCCAAAUGGUUUAAAAUAGACUCCUGGCCCUCUUCUUCCUUAAUAUUAGUAUUUUCAUGUAAAUAAAUAAAUUUUAUUGGGCAAAAUCAAAUAAAUAAAUAAUAAAUAAAUGAUGCUCGAGGUAAUAGUGCUGAUGAUGGUGUUCAUUGGGGUAAUAGUGGUGAUGAUGGUGGUGAUGAUAAUGGGGAUUUUGUAGCGUCUGUGGUCCUAAUUGUAGUGGAAAGAAUGUUACUAGGGAAGGGUUCAUAUUAUUCUAAAAUGAGACAAGGCGAAAUUAUAUUCAGACAACCUAAUGUUGCAUGAAUCGAAAGGUGUAAGGCACGUACACUAGCGACUGUGAUAUUGCUCUAUCGCAACAAUUUAAUAACAUUACGAACUACUGAAAAUUGCAGGUACACCAAGUUACCCAGAUCUUGAAACCUACUGCGAAAAAGUCAGCUUGGAGAAGUACGACACCUUCCUGCUCUUAACCGCCGGGCGUUUCACCGAAAACGACCUGGCAUUAGCCAAAAGGGUGAAAUCCUACAAAAAAUCGUUCUUCUUUAUACGCACCAAAAUCGACCAAGACUACCUGAACGAGAAGCGAAAGAAAGCAUUUAACCAACAAAAAAUGUUGAAGGACAUUAGGGACGAUUGUUUGGAAAAUUUGAAAGGCUUGGAAGAGGACGAUGAAAUUGUGUUUCUCGUCAGUAAUGCUUACCAAAAACGGUGGGAUUUUCCUCGUCUUAAGAAAGCUAUUCUUGAUGUCUUGCCGCUUCGUCAAAAGGAAUGUAUAACGUUGUCAUUGGGCUCAUUGACGAGGGAAAUGUUGAAAGAAAAAGCUGAUCUCCUUCGAGGUAGUUAUACAGUAGAAUUAAAUUUAGAAGGGCAUGUGGGGUGUAUUUUCCAAAAGGUUAAUAUAUUGUUGCGUCGUACGUUUUGCGUAAAUAUGUUAUAUAGAUAUCCAAUAAAACUUAAGCUCGCCGAAUUUAUGACGAAACUAUAGUUCUUCAACCUCCUAUCCAGGGUCCUUAAUCUGCACUUUCUCAAACAAACCACAAGACGACCAAUCUCGUACCCAUAGUUCACGGUACGAGAUUGCAAGACGACAGGAUAUCAACACACAUCCUCGUUCCCAGGGCCUCACGCGACCUUCAUAGGCCCUGCAAUACACGGAAACGCAAGAAAACAUGCAGUAGUUUCUAAAGCGCAUACUCUUAAUUAAGGACGCUUCAGCAACCGUGACAAUUUUCACAGACAAGUAUUACGAAGAAACGAAGUAUUUGUCUUGAUAUAUUUUGAUUUUCCUAGCGAAAAUGGCUAAAUUUCUGCGAAAUUCCUAGCAAUUAUCCGACAAGCCAAUCAGAUCUCUCCUUUUAGUCGUCUAACCCACAGCCUAAUUUUCAACGAAUGACCGAGUAAAAAUGGCUCUGGGGUGAGAAUGAUCGACACACUGAAACCAAGUCGAACGGGCCAGUCUAUUUACAUAAUCUCAAGUAAAAUCCAUUUGUUUGGAUUUUCAGGCUGGGUUUGGAUGGUCGCAACCGCUUCAGCCGUCGUCCCUUUGCCUGGGUUGUCUUUUGCGGUAGACAUCCACCUUUUAAUAAAUGAACUGAAUCUUUACAAAUCUCAGCUCGGUCUACCCGAUUAUGAUAGUAGUUCACAUUAGAUAAUGCCAAGUUGUUUUCACUCUGUGUUGUUAAUAUGUUAGUCAUACUUAAAGGAAUAGUGUAAGGAAAGCAUGUAUCAUUUUUACCAAUACUCUAAUUCGUUUCAGGUCGAAUUUGGAUGGUCGCAGCUGCUUGCGCUGCUGGCGCCACAGUUCCACUGCCUGGGUUAUCUAUUGCGGUAAAUCUCGCCCUUUUAACGAACGAAACGCAUCUUUACAAAUCUCAGUUGGGUCUACCCGAGGAAAAUUCAGACGAGUUCCGAAGAAUGACUCCAGAAAACCAGGAAAAAGUCCGUAAAUUUUGUGCGACGAGUGCGAUUCAAAUGGGAAGACUUCUGGCAGUUUACAAUAAAACAUCCGCAGUUGAAGAAUUUACUCGAUACAUUCCGUUCGUAGGAAGCGCUAUUGCUGGAAGCAUUUCGUUCUCCUCUACGUAUCACUUUCUCCAUGAUUGCUUAAACGAAUUAGAAAGAGCAGCGUCGGAUUUCUUGGAUGAACUUACCACAAUAGUUGUGGACGAUAUGGACUCCGACUAG